AUGCCAUUUUCGGCCAUAAAGUCAGUUAUUAAAGCCGCCGCAUUAUCGUCCAAUUAUCGCCUACUUUCAUUUUCAUGGAAUUCUCGACGAGCUCGCAACGUAUUUUUCCUUCUCAACUUGCUAAAUAUUUUGGCGAGCGCCCAUCCUUAUCGAAAUUUGGUGACUUUUGUUCCCGAUGCAGCGUUUGUGCCAAAAGAAACUGUAGUUGCCACACAACUGCAGGUAUCAGCUAGGGCAGGUGGGGAUUAUGAAUUUAAAGAAGUACCGUUAUUUUCACGCAAGGGAGCUAAAGAAAUAAUGCUUGCUGAGAAUAAACUUGAAGAAAAACCAGACGACGCAACCAAUAAGGAAUCAGUAGAUGAGAAACCAAAAGCAGCAGUGAAAGAAGUCGGUGACGAUGAAAAUAUUGGUGCUUUGGAAGACGUUGAGGAGAGCCCUCAAAGUGCCGUUAGUGCUGUGAUAAAAUCAUACAAGGUGAAACAUUCGGCCAGCACUGAUAGCGGUAAUCCCAUUUAUAUAACUAUUCCGAUAUAUGUGAAUUCAGGCUCAGGCCUACCAGUGACGCUUUCAAUAAGUGGUCAGCAGGUACCACUCAAAGCGUAUCGUCAAGGCAUUGCAAGUAGAUGGGAUACUAUGCGGAAAGAAGCCUCGCCCACUUCACUAUACAAUAAGUUACUUUAG